GCGAGAAGCCCAGAGAUGGGGUUGGGCAGCGCCUUCCCGCUGGACGCAGCCACUUUACUGAUCCUCGGCGCCCUCUCCCUCUUGCUUCUCCUUUAUUUUCGCCGCGGCUCUAAGUUCCAUGGAGCGCUCAACCUGCCCCCGGGACCCCCUUGUCUGCCCAUCAUCGGUCACCUGCACCUGCUGGAUCUGAAGAAGCCCCACGAGAGUCUCAUGGAGCUGUCUGAGAAGUACGGCCCAAUCUUCAGCAUCAAGCUUGGAACCAUGAAGGCUGUGGUCCUGACCGGCUACGAGACCGUGAAGGAUGCUCUCAUCAACCAUCCCGAUGUGUUUGGAGGAAGAGCUCACCUCCCUAUAUUUGAUGACCUGUCCGAGGGUCAUGGCAUCAUCUUUGGUCACGGAGAAUCUUGGAAGCAGAUGCGAAGAUUCGCCAUGUCCACUCUGCGGGACUUUGGAAUGGGCAGGAAAUCUAUCGAAGAUAAAAUCGUUGAAGAAACCCAUUUUCUCAUUAAAAUGUUUGAAUCGUACGAAGGCCAAGAAUUUAAUCCGACCCUCAAGUUGAACGCUGCUGUGGCCAACAUAAUCUGCUCGAUAGUUUUUGGUGAUAGAUUUGAUUACGAUGAUGAAAGGUUCAACAUUUUAGUCAAAACAAUUAAUGAAAACAUAAAACUUGUUGGUCAUCCUAUGGUGCAGAUUUACAAUUCAUUUCCUAUACUGGGAUUUCUUCAUGGCAUACGCAAGAAAUUGCUGCAAAAUAAUACGUCAAAUAUUGAAAUCAUCAAGAACCUUAUUAAUGAAAAUGAUCAGACACUAGAUGCAAAUAGCCUAAGGGGUUUCAUUGAUACGUUCUUGUUAAAACAACGCCAGGAGUCAGGUAAUCCAAACACAUAUUUCCAUGAAAAGAACCUGGCGUACACGACAGGAAACCUGUUUGCUGCUGGGAUGGAGACGACUUCCACCACACUUCGUUGGGCCAUGCUGCUGAUGAUGAAGUACCCCGACAUACAGGAGAAAGUCCACAAGGAAAUCAUCAAUUUUAUUGGGUCAGAACGGGUGCCCAGAGCUGAAGAUCGGAAGAGUUUGCCCUAUACUAAUGCGGUGAUCCAUGAAGUCCAGAGGUUUGGCAACAUUGUCCCAAUGAAUAUCAUGCAUUCAACAACAGCGGACGUAAACUUUAAAGGAUAUUUCAUCCCAAAGGACACUAUCGUGAUCCCCUUACUGACCUCGGUGCUUUUCGAUAAAACUCAGUGGGAAAACCCGAGAGCCUUUAACCCUUCCAACUUUCUGGAUGCUGAUGGGAAGUUUGUGAAGAGAGAUGCUUUUGCUCCAUUCUCCUUGGGACGCAGGGCCUGUGCUGGAGAAACCCUGGCCAGGGUGGAGCUCUUCCUGUUCUUUACCACUCUGACACAGAAGUUCCGGUUUCAAGUCCCCCCGAAUGUGAACAAUCUGGAGCUUGUGUCUGGUGUGGGCUUCACAUCAUUCCCAAAAUACCAAAAUGUGUGCGCUGUGCGUCGCUGAUGUCAACACAUCCUUUGCUUCAGUUGUACCCCAUUACAUUAUUCUCAGAAUCAUUUCAAAGAAUGUGCAUGUGUGUUUUUGUUGUGGAAUGUUGCAUUUGUUAUGGGGCUGAAUCAUAGCGGAGCAAUCAAUGGUGUCUCCAUGACUUCAAUGGAAAUUAGUCCUCAAGUCACGGACUCUGGGACACACCAUGAACGGUGAAACUCCAGAACUUGGUAGAUGAUUUAGUCAGUCACCUGACAUUUGCCCUUCCGAAUCUUAGUCCAUUCACCAAAAUUUUGGAAAAUAACAUUCCUUCAAUCUUCUUGAUGAUAUUUUGUGAUCAAUGUAAAUGAUCAUCAGAGAUAUCAUCUCUUUAACAUUCAACGUGCACUGAAUUUAGCAAGAAUGACAUGUUCAUGGAUAUAAACAUGCCUUUCAACAUGAAGCAAAUUCACAAAGAUUGUCAGAAUUAUGUAACCUGCUCUUAUUUGUAUUACCUGUUGCCUUCAAUGAUUUAAAAUUCUUCCUCAUUCUGAAAUUAACAUACUGUAAAUGCUGUGAUUUUUUUGGAUUUUUUUCUAAUGAUAAUUUGUGGAAAGAAGCUGUUUCUCUUUGCAGAUGGUUCAAGGUGUGACAGUGUAAAAAUGGUGGGUGAAUGAUUCAAGGGAAAUCUGUGGUAAAACAUCUUUCUGUAGCAAUUGGUUUUCUUCUUUGGAAUAUGGCACUCUAUAUCCUUCUGCCUUUCAAAAGCUUACAGACUCUAUUGUAUCUGCCUCUACCACCAUCAUUGUUACAUCCCUGAGUUUCCUAGCAUUGUGUAUUCAUGGUAAAUACAAAUGAGAAAAGCUAAUUUGCACUCAUAGACAGCCUUCUUGAUCAUUAAGGGUGUAGGAAAGAACUGCAGAUGCUGGUUUAAAUCGAAAGUACACACUAAAUGCUGGAGUAACUCAGCGGGACAGGCAGCAUCUCUGGAGAGAAGGAAUGGGUGACUUUUCGGGUCGAGACCCUUCUUCAGACUGACCAGUCUGAAGGGUCUCGACCCGAAACGUCACCCAUUCGUUCUCGCCAGAGAUGCUGCCUGUCCCGCUGAGUUAUCCCAGCAUUUUGAUCAUUAAUGAUCCCUAUUCUCUCCCUAGUUACUUUUAUGCCCUUAUAACUUGUAGAAUCUCUUUGGAUUGUCCUUUUCCUUAUCUGCCAAGGAUGUCUAAUGUGUAAACAAUUUUAUUUUGAAGACUCUUUGUCUUUUGAAUUAACUAACUGCUAACUUUAUUCCAUACCUCCUGAAGGUGUGUGCAUUUCUGUAAACAAUUUUCCUACCUUUAAAAUUGAAAUUAAAAAUGUAUGUAGGAUUGCACAAGGUCAGAUUUCCAUGUUGUGUUUUCCAUAACAUGGGGAGUUUCCGUACUUGGAAAGGAGGAGAUUAAUCAAAGAUAGUUGGCUUGGUUUUGGAAGUGGAGGAUCCUGUCUGACCAAUUCGGAUGAGUUUUCCAAAGGGAAAAAUUAGCAAAGUGUAUUGAUGAGGGCAGUAUGGUUGAUGGAGUAAAUGUGGACUUCAGUAAGUCAUUCACACUCAUAGAGCCAUGCAGCGUGGAAACAGGACCUUCAGCCUAAAUCGUCUAUGCGCACCAAGAUUUACAACCGAACCUGGUCCCAUAUGCCUAAGUUUGGCACAUAUUUCUCUGGUUACACUAGAUCAAGUCCUGGAGAAAUAUCCAUCUUCAUGCAUUUUCAGACUUUCGGGAACUCUAAUGAAACCUAACAGGAGAAUACCUAACAGGAGAAUGGACUGUUAUAUCUUAAACUUGAACCAAAUGUGGGGCCUUAGAUUGCCUCACACUGCCCCAGUCUGAGGAUGGGUUUUGACACGAAAAUUAUAACUAGUGUGUAGGAUAGUGCUAGUAUACAUGGAUCGUUGGUCGGUGCGGACUCAGUGGGCCAUAGGGCCAGUUUUCUAAAUGAGCAAUAUCUCUAGACUAUGCUAAAUUAAACUCUCCUUAUACCCUCUAAUCCACACAGCAUUCAUGUAAACCUCUUCUGCAUCCUCUCCAGAGCCUUCACAUCCUUCCUGUACUGGGGUGACCUGAACUGCAAAUGGGGUGGAACCAGCGUUUUAUAAAGCUCAAUGAAUUCAAUGUUUAUUAGAUUGUGUGAUCCCUGACCUUUGUAUUCAAUGACAAUUAAAACUCUUGACUCUU